AUGACGGAAAGCCGAUGGAUCACGGAGGCCCUCGUGCAGUUUUCCGCGUCGCCGAUAUGGCUGACGCCGAUCGACAACUUUGUCGACGAUAACUGCUGCAUCUUCAGUAACGAGUCAGAGAUGCAGUUGGAGUACACGGUCGCGCACAACAAAUUCAAGAAGCUCAUCGACUCCUUGCUGACGUGCUUCUUGAUGGAGCUGGGGGUCUCGAUGGAGACGGCCGUGGAGGCCCUGCAGAGCUCCCUCGCGGUGAGUGUGCAGACGUCCGAGGGCCUCUCCGAGCAACAAGCUGCGAAGAAAUUGCUGAAGCAGAUCUUCAAUGCGGACAACUUCUCGCACUUUCACACCAUGAUGGUGAAGCGCAACUUGGAGCUUGACAUUCUGGCAAACGCCGCUCUCUCUUCAGAUGGGGUAUGCGGGAACGGCGGUGCAGCGCUGUCAACGGAGGAGGUCGAGAAGGAAACCCGGGCCCGGGCUCGCGUGCAGCGCGCCAUCGACGUCAACGGCGACGUGAGCGAGGACGAUGCGCUGCGGCGCGCCAUCGAAGUGUCGUUGCAGGAUGGCACUGCACAGCAGCAAGUGCAGGCCUACAGGAAGGCGUGCAUACAGGAGGAUGCAAAUCUGCAAUUGACUGCUGUCGAACACCAAGCAAACAGUGAGAAGGCGCAGCUGGAGGCUGUCCUGCAGACGCAGUCCGCUCAGAACCUCCCCGAAGGCGAGCACUUCCGACAGAAUCACGUCGAACCCAUUAACAAGCAGAAGGAAUCGCAGCUUCAGCCGAUUCGUGCCCACGCAAUGUCGGGGAAGGGGCAGAAGGGGUGCGACGAGGCCGAGCCGCAGAAGGCGAAUUUCAACUCACCCGAGUCGCCUUGUCCUCUCCCGGCGCUGCAAGUGCCCGCUGCGGCGUCCGCACCUGUGGCCGCACCGGUUAGUGUACCUGCAUUGCCCUCGAUUGGUCAGCGCCAGGCUGCCUUGCCCUCGAUUCCGUCCACGAUAACUGCAAGCGUCUUGAAAUCUGCACCCAGCGCACCGGCGCAUCAGGCACACGGUACCGCCGUCUCAGCGACGCCGGCGCCGACACCGAUACCGACGAAGGAGGAGCUUGAGAAGCGUGCGCAGUACAUGCGAGAGCAGCGUGAAAAGCUUCUUGCACGCAACCGUGCUUCGCGUCAAGAGCAGCUCAACACGUUCCUGCAAAACAACAGCUCCUCGACGACCACGUCGUCUUCCGCCGCAUUGGCAGCCACCGGCGCUGCGCAAUCAGUGACCGUCGAAAUCGCUCGCCGGCUGCGCGGUGACCUCAUAGGUGAAGCCCGGAAGAGCAGUGGUUGA